GUGAACGACAGAAAACAGACAGAUGGAUUUGAUCAGCAGUGAUAGCACACUGGGAUUAUGACAGCUUUCAUAGAUCAACAGGAAAGAAGCAAAACGAGGACAAGUUGUGGGAACUAACUAGCUUCUGCGGACCAGAGGAUUAAAAGAAGAGGACAGAGAACGGGCGCUAGAAUGGAUAAACUAAGCACAAUUUGAGAUCAGUUUUAACAAGUGGAUAGACUUUGUUUCCAUCUGAGUGCUGCCAGGCCUUAGACCUGCCAGACCCGAGCUGCUGGUGUACACCAACACAGAGUAAUUUUCUCAGCAUCAGCCAGUUGACCAAUGAAGUCAGCACUGUAGGGAAGAUUGGCGAUGAUCCGCUUUCAGCUUUGCCAGGAGUGUCAGAGCAAUCGCCGUUAGAGCUCAUUGUGUUUGCAGUAGCACAGAGAGUGAGAGAGAAAGCAGAGAGUGUGUAGUAAUCUAAGGAUGACACCCGCACUUUAUUCCAUCAGAUAGUGCUCAGUGAGGUGUGCGGUGCAGCUCGCUGCGCUUUGUCUCUACACUACAAACACACACACAUUAAGCACUCACAACUACACACACACAAACACACCAGAGCCACACACUUACACAGACCAACAAGGCAUCAGGUCCUGACAAUCAGCGAAACUGUGUCUGGACCUUGAACACAGCAGGGUUUGAGAUCAGUGUGUUUGAGCGAGAGUAUAACUGGAGUGCACCCAGGCGCCGACUGCAGCCAGUGGAACACGUUAGAAGGAAGCGUUAGGAAAGCCGAUGCUGCAUGAUUAAACUGUCCGAUAGCCUGUGAUUAUUCAGAGAAGUCUAAAAUUACCAUGUAAAAUCACUGUCCAUUUGCGCUGCAGUGUGUACAUGAUAGCUCAUCUGCAAAGUUCUAGCAUCCAAGCGAAUAAUGGUAGAAUUCUUGUGAGGAUCACGUGCAAGUCUCCGGGGUAAUAUAGCAUACCAAAAUAUGUAGCAUCUGAAUGUAAAGUAUCUUACAACAGUUUUGUUCAGUGCUUUGCUAGUUCGUUCUUCUACACAGGGCAAGCACUUUCACUCUGUCUUUUCAACGCUGCACUCGAGCUCAAUGGAUUUUAUUUAACCUUGGCUAUCUCUAGAUGAGUUGCAGUAAGAUAGUGUCUCAGUCUCUCAAGAGGUCUGGAUGGUUUGGUAUUAGCUCUAAGGAACAUUGACUUCUCUGCCUACUGAUUUGUUGGGUGAGAAGUGCUGAAAACCUUGUCUAACUCAUUAAAAUACAAUCUGUUUGAGGAUGAACGUUGUUGCCCUAGAUUCUUCUGUCCUUAAGGGCAUAGCAAUGGAGAUGGUUCUAUUUUGAAAGUUGUAAUGUUGUCAACACCAGCAGAGAAAAUCAGACUUGCUUUGGAUGUCAGUUUCUUGUGUUUUAUUUGACUGAAAUAUUGUAAUACUGAUGGUUUAUUUCCCCUAAAUAAGCGUGGUUUGACCCAAUGGAGACAGGUUGCCUAUUUGUUGUUGUGGUUAACUGUGUGGCUCAUUAUUGCUCAGACCCUGCUAUAAGCUCCAAGUGUGACGCUGUAGUAUACAGUUGAAGAAUUAAUUAACCUGUACCUCAUUCAGUUAAUUGCAUAGCUGCCAUUACUGAAUACUCUUGUUAGUAUACGGUCUGUUUGGUACUGUUUGGCAUUGUUUUUCUCAGUUUAUUGAUUUUGAGAAUCUCAGGCUUUGGUCUCAGGAGACUUAAAGCGCUACAAUAAAAAAUUAUAUUUUCUUUAAAUCGAACUGAGCCUCUGUAGGACUUUGCCGUAGCAAAUCUCCCACAUUACAUGGAAUUAAAACAAUGCAUAUUCUAAAUUCUGUCUAAGGAACACAAGGAGCUAUAGUCAACAAAUGAACUUUGUUGCUGUAAGCUUUUUUCUGUGUGCAUUGUGAUAUAGUGUCUAAAUCGCUUGCUCUAUAAUUGCUCUGAGCUCUGGCAAAACGUUUGUGUGUUGCGUGCAAACGCUGGCUAGAAGUCAGUCUUGUGUGGCUUUGUUGCUAAGGCAGUUUCUUUGCAUGUGCUUGGAUGCUGUAUAGCACAGUUUGUCCUCAUACAACAACAGUUAGCAUGUGCAUUAGUCGGCAUUGUUUUUGAGAACAAAUCCAAGUGCAUAUAUGUGUGUGUGUGGACUGGUUUGUCAGUAGCAGUGCAGGCAGGGUCACAGAGGAGCCAUUGAUCAAACAGUCACAGCCACACACACACACACGCGCGCAUUUAUACAUACAAACACAAGUUCUCAAUACACAAUGAGGCCUGUCCGAAGCUCUGUCCUCUGCCGCCUCCUUCCUGCUCCUUACUCUCUUGCUCUGCGCAGCCUAGUUCUGGUCCUGCUCUGCAUCACUCCCCAUUGUCAGGCAGUGCAAGCAGAGAAUGUAACAGUCUUGGAGGGGGGUACGGCUCAGAUCUCCUGCCGCCUGCAGAACUACGAUGGAUCAAUCGUGGUCAUCCAGAAUCCCCGCCGCCAGACUCUCUUCUUCAACGGCACGCGAGCCUUGAAGGACGACCGUUUCCAGAUGGUGCUCUUCACGCAACGGCUGGUUCGCAUCACACUGACCAACGUUAGCGUGUCGGAUGAGGGCGGCUACUUCUGCCAGCUCUACACGGAUUCCACGCACCACCAGGUGGCGACACUCUCGGUCUUGGUUCCCCCAGAGACACCCACAGUGGAGGUGAAGCAGGAGGCUGUGGAGGGCGGCGAGGCGGAACUCACCUGUGUGUCACCACGCAGCAAGCCGGCCGCCACCCUGCGAUGGAUGCGUAAAGGACGGGAGAUAGCAGGUGUGGUAUCGCUGCAGGACAAUGGGAAGACAUUCAGUGUGUCCAGCACCAUCCGCAUCCCGGUAGAAAGGAAAGACGAUGGGGCAGCACUGAGUUGUGAGGCAUUCCACCCUGCACUUAAUGGGCAGAAGAGGAUUCGGCAUUAUCGCCUGGAUGUGUAUUUUGCACCUACAGUUCGAAUUGUUCCUCCUGCUGGCAUUUUGCGAGAGGGCGACUCGCUCACCCUCACCUGCUCUGUCACUGGGAAUCCUCUGCCCAGAAACACUCAGUGGUCCAAGAUUAAUGACACCUUACCUGAGAGGGCAGAGAUUUCUGGCACUACUCUUCAGAUUUCCCGUCUUAGCCAAUCACAUAACGGGACAUACCUGUGCCAGGCCCAGAACGACUACGGUCGUGCUGCUGAUCAUUACACGCUGUUGGUGUAUGAUCCUGGUGCAGUGGUGGAGACUCACAGUGCAGUACCCUAUGCAGUGAUAGGUGGUGUUCUGGCGCUGCUGGUUUUCACUGUCAUCUGUGUCCUCAUUGUCACCAUCUGGUGCUCUGUCCGACAGAAAGGUUCCUAUCUUACCCAUGAGGCCAGUGGAUUGGAUGAACAUGGUGAAGUGCAAGAGGCCUUCCUCAAUGGGAACGACGCCAGCCAGGGCAAGAAGGAGUACCUACUGUAGCCCUUCUCCUUCCCUAUUCCCUUUUCUUCUGACCUCAUACCCCUUCCCCCUUCCUGUCCUUGUGUCCCACCUUAUAUACAGUAUACACACACACGCACACGCACACACAAACACAAAAUACAAUGUGCCAUAAGAGGCAGCCUUCUGAAAACGACUGUAUACAGAUACCGCACACAGCCAAUCCAUCCUGUUCCAGUCCACUCCAUAUACAUCCUGUAAACAGACAUAAACUAGGAGACAGACUGAGAAAAGAGAGCCUCUAGACCCACCAGCCAUUAACGACUGUGUCAUAUACUGUAAGCUGGAGAAACUGGGGAAAAUAUAGGGAGUGAGAAAGGGAGAGAGAGAGGGGCCACAGAGUGAGGUGAAUGUAGACAAAAGCGAAAUGAUGCCAUAAUUAUUUUGAUUGAGAGGGAAACGGGGAGCACAAAGAAAACCGGCACUCUGCCUGUGCAGCCGCCAAAGUGGAAAGGGAAUUAGAGGCAGAUGACUGCUAUAAUUCCCCGCCUGGAGAAUAGAAGAAUCCAUUUCACAAAGCUCAAUUUUUUAACUGACGGAGACAGUGGAAGCACUGUGUGAGAAGGGAGAGAGGACAAAGGGGAGAGAGAGAGAGUUGACCAGGAGCUUCUGAGUGCUUGAUGCUUGAAAAUGGAUUUUUUUUUUUUUAAUUGCCAAACCAUCUUGGCUACAGAGCUUAGCUCAUAUAUAAUUCCCUAACAAAACUAAACUGAGUCCCAGGAAGUAUCCAUACUUUAUGAACAAACUAACUGUCCUGUUUUGCUAUCCUUGUUGGGUGGCCUGCCAAUUUGUAAAAAGAAGAAAAAAAAAAGAAGCAUCUUUUAGUGUUAUUUUUCCCCUCUCACUGCAACAGUGGAGGAAAUGUGGUCCUCUUUUAAUUUGCUUUGCGUUCACCUGUUACAAUCCUCUCCCCUUACUCGUAUAUCUCUCUUUGUCUCUGUAUGUCUCUCCCUCUAUCACUUCUUUGUUGGCUCCUAAUAAUGAAAGGAUUAGUAUUGGGCUGCGUUCCCGAGAAAGAAGAAAGGAAUAUGACUUGCUAAGGCAUUAAAGAAAAGUAUAAUUAUUUUAGAAUGUCAUUAAGAGGAUAAAAAGGUUUAAAACUCUUAAUAAGAGGGCCAAGAAGAAUCAGAGUGAAAGGACUGAACGAGAGAGUAAAAUGGAAGGCUUUUUUUCCCUGAAUGCUCAAACACAUAUGCAGAUACAUGCACACAUUCAUACGUACAGUAAAACAUGUUGACAGUAUACAUAUCUCUGAAUUCCUUGUUUGUAUAAAAAAGAACUUCGACAUAAAUUAAAUUAAACUUUUAAGAAAUAAGAAAACAGUUUACUACUGAAACGCAUUAUGAGCAACUAUACUAACACAGAAUACUAGCCUAUAGAGGUGCAAAGCCGAACAAACUACUGUCCAGUGAUCUUUAAAGAAAAUGAAGAAAAGAAUAAAAAAAAAACAUUUGUCUUUAUGAGAAACCAGAGGUCUUAUUGAUUUUCUAUUAAUUAUUAUUAUUAUUUGAACAAUUAUGAUUGUUGUUACUGUUAUUAUUAUUGCCGUUGUUAUUAUUAUACUUGUAAAUGUUAAAGAAAUGUACACUUCCCAUGGUUUUGUUUUGGUUCUACUGUAGAGAAAUUGCUGUCAUUUUUCACUCUUUUCCUCUUAUCUUUCCUCUCUUUCCCAGUCUUUCUCUCUCUUUGUCUCCUGUGCCUAGCUGUUUCUUCUCCUGUCUUUCACUCUUGUUGAUUUUACCGUCCAUGUGUCAUUGUUGAUAUAUAGCUAACUAUUUCUUUAUAGGGGAAAGAUACAAAGCACGACAAAAUAAAAAAAGAAUCCAAAAAUAACCUCAGGUAUCAG